AUGCAGCCCUGCCGGCCCAGAGGAGCAUCUGCGGCAGCUCCAAGUCCCUCAAGCUUUCGGUCACGUGUGUGGUGUAGCACAGCUGGUUCGCAAGAUCGCCGCCAGGUGCUCUGGCGCAGCUUAGGCCUGUUCCGGGUGCUGUGGUGUCUCCUCCCACAGACGGGCUACGUGCAUCCGGAUGAGUUCUUCCAGUCGCCAGAGGUCAUGGCAGAGGACGUCCUGGGCUUACAGGCCAUGCGACCCUGGGAGUAUUUCCCCAGCAACUCCUGCCGGACUGUGGUCUUCCCACUGCUGACCUCUGGUUCUGCCUUCUGGCUGCUCAGGUUCUUGGAAGAGCUAGGGCUGUGGACUGGCCCAGUGAGCAGCUACACACUGCUGGUGGGGCCUCGGCUACUCCUCACCGCCCUCUCCUUCACCCUGGACUUGGCUGUGUACCACCUGGCUCCACUGUGGAAGGCAGAUCGCUGGAACGCCCUGCUCUUGGUAUCUGGCUCCUAUGUCACCCUGGUCUUCUACACAAGGACCUUCUCCAAUGCCAUCGAAGGCCUGCUCAUCGCGUGCCUGCUCAUGCUGGUUUCCUCCCGGGUGGCAUGGAGCCGCUCACCCAGGACACCUGCACCAGAGCCAUGGUGGCACCGUUGGCUUCUCGGUGGUGUCCUGGCUGCUGGCUUCUUCAACCGGCCCACCUUUCCCGCCUUUGCUUUGGUGCCCCUUUUUCUCUGGUGCUCCCAUGGGGCCAGGAAGUUCAGCUUUAAGUCUCUAACCCAGGAGGCCCUGCUGUUGCUCCCUGGGGUGGCUCUCACAGCAGUGGUGUUUAUAACCUUUGACAGCUGGUACUUCCACCACUCAAGCUCCAGCAUGCUGGUGCUCACACCUCUUAACUUCUUGCACUACAACCUUGAUCCCCAAAACCUGGCCAAGCAUGGCACACACGCUCGGCUCACUCACCUGGCAGUCAACAGCUUCUUGCUCUUUGGGGUACUGCAUGCCCAGGCCCUGUGGGCUGCAUGGCAGCAGCUGCAAAUCUGCCUCCAGGUCUUUUCCCGGGUAGGCCUCCUUAGGACGCUGAGUGCCCCCAGCCUCUGGUCCAGCCCCAGGGCUUGCCUUCUUCUCCUGUACUUCACACCCCUGGUCCUGUUGUCUGUCUUCAGCCAUCAGGAGGCCCGGUUCUUGAUCCCUCUCCUGGUCCCCCUGGUUCUGCUCUGUAGUCCACAGACACAGACUAUACCCUGGAAGGGCACCCUGUUCCUCUUCAAUGCCCUGGGUGCCCUCUUUUUUGGCUACCUACAUCAGGGGGGACUUGUGCCCAGCCUGGAGUACUUGGAGCAGGUGGUUCAUGCACCUGUGCUCCCCAGCAUGUCGACCCACUACACACUCCUCUUCUCUCACACCUACAUGCCCCCCCAGUACCUCCUCCACAUCUCAAGCCUCAGGUCGACUGUGAAGGUGAUGGACAUGGGUGGGACUGAAGACUGGAUCCUGUGCCAAGCCCUCAACAAUGUCACCAGACAACCUGCCUGCCAAGCAACCAGGGGACCACGGCUCUGCCGCGUCUUUGUAAUAACACCUGGCACUACCAGGAAGGCCGUGGAGAAGUGCGGCUACCUUCCUAAGAAUGAGAAGCGUCUGUUUCCCCACCUGACCUUGGAGGACCCCCCGCCCCUGUCCUCCCUGCUGAGUAGGGCCUGGAAGGACUGCCUUAGUCUCCAUAUCGUGGAGCUAGAAUUGAAGCCGGAUGACAAGCCCAAGCACCCACUGCCCAGAAUUUGGCCCUAG